UACUGCAUUCCAAUCUGAUACUCACAACCUUCAUUGGAUCAGCUCUCUCGACAUCUGUAAAGAAGAUGGGUAGGACUUCGCGAGUUUGAUUCCAAACUCUGAAUCAUAAGGAGCUCCAAUACUGCGACAUAUAUAGAGGCCUGCUCGAGCUGGAGAGGUCACUUCAUAGAAAAAGUAUAUGAAAAUAGCUGACUCGACUCUCGAAUAGCAAGUUGGUAUUCGGUGGAAGUUCCUCGACUGCAAGAUCAGUUUCACGAUCUGCUACAAAGAAAUCAUGGGGCACCGCUCUUACAAGAAGAAAGUGCUAGGCUCUGUCUUAACCACCCUCGUCGUGCUUUCUGCUGUGAACUUUUCUUCUGCAGGUCAAAUUGCAACUUACUGGGGCCAAAGUGGGAAUGACGACGCUGGUUCAGAAGGUAGCCUGGCCGAUCUGUGUAACUCCAACAACUACGGCAUCGUCAUGAUAGCUUUCCUAUCAGUAUUCGGCAGGGGCCAAACCCCUGUCCUAAACCUGGCCGGCCACUGCGAUCCUCCUUCUGGAAGUUGUGCAAGAUAUGCUUCAGAUAUCGCCACAUGCCAGAGCCAAGGAAUCAAAGUGCUGCUCUCAUUGGGUGGAGCAUCUGCAGGCUAUGGAUUGGACUCUGCGGACGAAGCCAGGGAACUGGCUCAAUACAUCUGGGAUAACUACAUGGGAGGCAGCAACGAUAACAGCCCCUUGGGAGCAGCACAAGUGGACGGCAUUGAUCUGGACAUUGAGAGUGGCGGAUCUUCCUUCUAUUCAGAUUUGGGAGGAAGAUUGAGAGAGAUAGCUCAGAACAACAACUACAAGCAAGUUUACUUGGCUGCCGCACCUCAGUGCCCGUUUCCUGACGCGUCUCUGGGUCCGGCGGCGGGCAAGUUUUUGGACGCAAGCUUGGCGGACUUCGUGUUCGUGCAAUUUUACAACAACCCUGACUGUGAUUUCCAAGCAGGUGUAAGUGGUAUAGUGAGUUCCUGGACUCAGUGGACUGGCAACAUCCCCGGCACACCAGAGAUUUACUUGGGAUUGCCUGCUAGCACAGCUAUUGCCGGAUAUAUAGACAGCAGCACUCUUGUACAAAGCGGCGGCGUGCUGGAGCAGAUCAAAGGUAUCGGCAACUAUGGAGGCGUCAUGCUGUGGGCACCCACAACGGACAGAACAUACGCGACGAAUAUCAAAGGCUCUGUCUGAAACUGUCAAAAAGCGAGGAUGGAAAGUUCUAAGUAAGAAAUCUUAGACUGUCGUCAGGCUGAAGACAGUUUGAAGCGUACUUCAACUUGAAUUUGACAACCUCAAGUAACCGGAGUCCCAACUCCCCAUGCAGCCUAACAUGGAGAUGGUUUAAACUGGUAGGACACGAAUAAGCGUAACUAAGCACUCUAAAAGUAUACCUGACUCAGAUAAGUGACUUCUAUAUCUGUAUCUACUUCAGUCAUUUAGCGGUCAGUAUACUUUUCAGACUAUUCUCGAAAUUCAAUAAAGGGCUUCUGGAUCUUAUUCGAGUGUUGGUGAUAUCUCGGGGAACCACCGUGAACUGUUUUCUACAGCAUAAAAGCAAUUUAUUAUUGUCUUCAGGC